AUGGGCCCGACUACCUCGUUCCUCCUCCCCCCCAGAGCAUCGCCCCUUGGACGGAGUCCCGCUGGAGCAAAUAAAAGGAACUUUUACCUUCCGCUCACCGCGGUUUAUGGAAUGUGGUGUAAGAAGCUCAUUGGAGAAGGGGCUACGCCAUACGUUUUCCAGUGUACGUGGAAUGAGGAGGGAGACUUUUUCCUCGGUGCCUCGAGAGGAGCAUACAGUCUUCGAUCAGAGCGACCCUGGCUAGCCGUCAUCGACCGUGCCCGAUUUGGCGUUAUCAAGUCUGAGCCAUUAACAAAGAAGAAUGGAAAGCCAUUUGGACGUUGCGCCGAGACAUACCCUUUCUGCAAGCUCCUCAAAACCUGUGGGAAGGGACAAGCCGAGAAGGUAUAUGGUCUCGCUUUGUCCAGGCCGUACUUGUCUUCUCCUCACUAUGACGAUCGACUAUCUGGGCCGAUCUGGGCGAGGUUAUGGAAGCCUUGUUUGAACUGCAAAGAGCUCAUCAGAAUUCACGGUGGCAAGUACGAGAACUUCCUCGUUGCCACUGGAAGUGAAGGCGCUCCGCCCUAAUUGCUCGAUCGACGGCUAGCCAGGUCGCGAAAGACCUUGGAUAUGUCUGUAAAAGGUCCCACCUGUGCCUAUUGACCGGGUCAGGUGUCUUGAGGGAGAAGGAAAGAAAAUACCUGAUCCCGGUAGGGGCCUCACUCCAUCCGUGGAGUGGGUAGCCAUCCUUUGUGGCCUGACACACCCAAAGGACCUACCACCGUCUCGCGGAAAGCAAACCGCGUUACCAAACUCCGACGGAGAAUGUUGAAAACCGGGUGACCCUGACACAGUCACUGACGGCGACAAACUGGAUACGUUGUUCAAACUGUCCCGUGGAAAGCAAACCAUCGUCAGA